AAAAACUUUAUUUUAUUUAGUAUGUUAAUGAAGCAUUUAUUGGAACAGUGGGAAAACUUACCUCCCUCAUUUCCUCAAAAACUUUUGAAAGAGACAUUGUCGACUUUUCGAGUGACUAAUGAUGAAUUCAGCGCACAAAUGAAAACAGGACAAGAAGGAUAUACAGACUGUGUAAAAUAUUGUAAUGAACUUCUUGCUAAAAUGAGUUCUUGGAAAUUUCCUUGGCGUCAUUUCAUAAUAUUUUUGUUCUUCGGAAUUGGAACAUUCCUUAUUUACGAUAUCAAUUUAUAUGGAUCUUUUGAGAGGUCUCGUUCAGGAAAAUUUUUAAAGGAAUCUGGUAUAUUGAAUGCCUGUGAACAAGCUAGAGGAAGGAUUACUUCUUAUUCUCAAAAAUCAUUGGAAUGGUUAAAUAAAAAUGUUCCGGUAUAUUAUUCUAAAGCAUGCAACAUCUGUAGGCCUUAUUUAGAAUUGUUUUGGGAAAACUUUUUCCUGUUUUGUGAAUAUGUUUGGGACAGUACCGCAGAUAUAAGAGAAUGGUUAAUUAUUAAAAUUCCACCAAUUCUAGAUUGGUUAUCUGAACACAUACCAUUAUAUGUGGAGAAGAUAGUGAGGUUUAUUUCAGAAAUAGGGGAAAUUUUAUAUCAGUACAUAACACUGUUUACAAAAUAUACCUUAUAUUAUUUUGAUAUUGCUGGAAGAUGGCUGCAAGAAAAUGUAUUCAGUGGGAAGCUUUCACCGGAAAAUCUGCAGAGAUAUGCAGUCCACACCAUCGAACUAAUACAACAGUAUACAAUGUCCGUAUUGCACUGGUGUAGUCAGCAGUUGUCUUCAAUCAUGUCCAAUAAAUGAGUACACUCGACACAUCUAAUGUGACUCUUUCUUUUCAAUUUCAUAUUUUGGUCACUUUCACGUCUAAAAAAGAAAAAGUCGGUUACAAAAGCUAUUGGGAAAUCAGAAAUAUAUCUAAAAAGAAACUUAAAUCAUGUGUUAAAAUAUCUAUCUUGGAUAUGUGUGCCAAUCGAUCGAGCGAAAUCCAGAAAACAAAAAAAAAUAAUAAUAAUAAGUCACUCAACUUAAAAAUAUCCAGAACUUUCUGCUUUCGACACUUAAGUUUUGUAAAACUUGCAUUAGUUGUAAAUAAUUUCAUCAUUACAAUUAAUGUACAUAAACUUUCGACGAUGAUGUAUUAUAAAAGAAAUAUUGUCAUUCGAAACAAAUUUAUUUUAUGUUUUAUGAUGAUAAAGUAAAGAUUAUUAAAGAGCA